AUGGAGGAGGCGCGCGAGUGGCGCACCGGGAGUUUGCUGGUGUUCUGUUCCAUUGUUUUGGCGGUUCUCCUACUCCCGCUGCUGACCGGGACUACGAUAGCGGAAAGCUAUGGCUACGAUUCGGCCUCCUCGUGCGAUCCCACCAGAACAUCGCGCCGGGGUCGAUCGCAGCUACUGAAGACGAUCCCGUGCGACCUAAGCGUACAGGCGUACUGCAAUCUGCCCGGAUCAGCCUACCCGUGGCAUGCCGUGCGUCGGUUCGUGCACGAAAACCAGGGCCUCAUGCGACGGAUGUACGGUGACGUGCGCCACAUAUCGGUGCUGAAGGAUGAGAUCGAAAACAACGAGAUCGACGUCGACGACAUCGAUCGGGCGGCCGAACGAUACAUGCGACCGGCACCGCCACACGGCAAACGGCGGCCAGAAGGUGGCAAGCGGUUAAAGUAUCUGCGACCCGCAACCCAGUACGAGGUGCCGGCGGCCGGCGGUGGACACUAUUUGCGUGACAAAAACAACGAGAUCCCCUUCAAUGAACCCCACUUUCGGCCAGCACAACAAAAGACAACCUCGACGACCGUGGCGCCCAGCAGCACCAGCAUUCCAGCAACCACACCACCGACGACGGCGAACCCGAUAACCACCGCCCGGAGUACGGAGUCGUCAACGACGGGAGAAUCGCCACCGCACAGCAGCAGCAGUGCCGGCAAUGUUACGACCGAGGGGCCAGUUUUCUCAACAGAAGCCCCUGAAACGAAUGAAAUUGUUAGUACGAGCGAGAGGACCACGGUUUCGUCGAAUAAAACCUUCGUCGGAGAUAUCUUCCUGGCUGCCGAUUCACACGAGCCCAACAGUACGUUCACCAACAGCAUUCUCGUUGGGUCACCGGCCGAGCCAAUCGAUCUGCCCGCACUGUCUUCCCUGGCGAAGCUGGAUACGGACAACGUUGGCGGUGGGGACGGUGGCGGCAAUGGAAAGAUAUCGUCCACACUGAAACUAGUAACGACGACGACGAGUGCAAUCGACGGAAACACGACGGCCAAGACGGUCGAGGUGGAGUCCACCAUCGGUGGCUAUCCGAACGAUCGGCUAGACACACUCGACACGCCGACGAAAGAUGAAGGGGACGACGCCGUGGGAACGGUUGAGCUGGAGACGGUAACCGGUCACACGACCGAGGCCGAAGAGGCCGCCCCAGCGAGCAGCUCACUUCAUUCGCAAAAGAUUCGCUUCGAAAGCAUUAAAUCGUCGCCGGCGAAGAAACCUCCGGCCGGGGCCACCGCCGAAGGGCAGCUGUUUCAGGAUGCGGCCCAAAAGGAGGCACCGACGACCGUCAGCGGGCGGGGCGUCAAUGCGUGCCCGGUGAAGGAGGAAGUGGUCGCCCCGUUCUGGGCGAACAAUACCCGCGGCGAGGUGCUGGCCCUGCUCAAUCUGUACCCGUUCGAGCAGUACGUGCACUGGGAAAAGUGUACGCACGAGCUGAAGCAAAUGUACUGCCGGGAGGGUUGCCGCUGCGAGCAGCAGUACCGUCUGCACCGGCUGCUGGCGUACGAUCCGCACAACGAGUGUAGGGGCAUCUUUUCGGACUGGUUCCGGUUCCCUUCGUGCUGCAUCUGCAAGUGCUACGAUAUGCCGUUCGACGUGCGCGUCACUUCGCGCAGCCCGCGCUCGCUGACGAAGGAAUCGAUCGAGCAGGCGGAAGACGAGCUUCAGAAUGCCAUCUACGCGCGUGCGAUCGACGACUGGUACCGGCGUCCGAAGGAAGGGGACGAUGUUGACUAA